AUGGUCCACAACACUUGCGAUAAGCUGAAGCAACGAUACAUCGGGCACGGCGUCAACUACGCUGAGGAUAAUAGCUUGCUGACUGAGUUCUUAGAGAAGCAUGGACCGGUGAACAAGCGGGAGGUGACUGUCGAAGGCAUGGAUGCGGAGGGAAGUCCCGUCACCCACACUUUCAAGCUGCACGAGGACGCCAUCAAGGGUCAAAAGUCCAAGGGUGAUGUCGAAUCGUGUAUCACUAUAACCUCCCUCUUUGCGCAGUAA